UCGUGCUCAAGUGGAAACGCACACCGCAAACGUACUCACUGCUGAACGGGCGGCACGAGACUCUUCCUCACCUCCAUCACCAAGCGUCACUUUCUUCAGUGCACGGAGGGAUGCUAAACAGGAAGGCUUCAUCACCGCCGCCACCACCAUCAUCAUCACCGUCAUCCUCAUUUGCGGGAGAGAGAGAGAGGAGCAGCGGUUCUCCGUGGGCUGAAAAAGUUGAGGAAGAUAGGGUUUAUUAAAGGAGCACCGGAGGGGCUCGUGCCCGGCGUUAACGCGGGAUAAUCCACCCGGCACGGUCCGAUCCUACUUUGGAGUGUGCAGGACCUGGUGCUGAGUGGGAUUUGUUAACGGUGCUUUCCAGGAUCGUUCCGUUGACCAUCCCCGGUGCUGACUCUGACCUCCGGUGUGUUUGUUUUUUUAGUCCAUUUUUUUUCUUCUUUAAACGAUCGGCCCGUUAUUAUUAUUAGUGUUAUUAUUAACAGGUCGGUGUUUAAUCCCAUCGGUGUGAGCUGGAUCUGGUCUCUGGCGGUUUAACGGGAUCCCCACAUGUGCCACCGGAUCAAUAACAGCUUCCUGGCGUUUAUCUGUGAACUCCCGUCAUGUCCCUGAUGGAUUUCUUCCACACCACACGCACUUAAUGGAUUUCUAACGGUAGUGUAACGAAUCCCGGGACCGUCCCGGGUGGACUUGAGGGUUAGUUUAUUGACCGACGGUAACCUCAGCCCCCUCCCCGGGAGCAGAAACAGCCCGCAGGUAUAAAGCAGGUGUUCACAUCUGGGUUACCGAGGAAAACGGGACGUGUAGCAGAGAAAGCGCGGUCCUUCUCGAGACUGAAGUGAGUCUGACUAAUAGCGGAUCACCCCCGGAGAGGUACCUUUCCACCCCGGGGACCGACUGCUGUUUAAAACGGAAACGGAGAUCAUCGCUUCCUAGCGGGGGCGAGAGAAGUUACCGGAGAACCAGAGGAGUUUUUCUUCUUAUAAUAUUUACCGAUGAACCUGUAAUGUUUGGACAGCCUUCAUGAUCAAUAUCUGAGUGAUUUCACUGAAGGAACUGAUUGAUUGAUGGUGGAUUUUAAAAAGGGGGUUUUCAGCUCUUUCUGUGGAUUUCUGUCCCCACCGAGCGGUAUCCAUGUAAUCAAUACAAUCCUGGGUUAUCAAUCAGUUUUAAUCCAGCUUUACCCGUCAGGCUCAUGAGCUGGAAAGCUGGGAUCGUUUAGACCUCGUGGAGUAGCCGAGUGAAUUAUCUCCUCCACGGUGAAAUAAACCCACAUGCUGGCCGUAAAUUAUCCACUUAACCCCCCUCAGGAGAGGAAAAGGAGAGAGAGAGAAAGCGCUAUAGACACAGACCGCAGCGAGAGAGUUAUUACCGUUUUUAAACUACACCUUUAUCAGCAGCAAAGCUACUUUUAAUUUGAAAUCCAUCAGAGAAAAGGGGUCAAACGGAGGCACUUCCUCAAUUUUUGACAGCAACUUUAAGUUUGUGUGACAGAGAAGUCACUACAAAACUGUACUUUAAAAACAAGAUUACUGAAGUAUUCUGCUUUGGGACAAAGCCCUAAGAAAACUGAGUUAUUACAAAUUAAUCUCGAGAUUGUAAUAAAAAAAAAAAAAACAAAGACAAAAAACUGAAUUUCUUGACAAAGAUCCGAAUUCAAAACUUUAUUUUACUCAAAAUAAGAUCUGAACAUAUGCUGGUGUGACUUUGAUUUGAUUAAGUCUUCAUUUGAUUCCAAACCUGAAAUGCAAUCAUAAUAAUCUUCAAGAGACUUGUAACACAUCUUAAUGUCUUGUAAGUUAUUAUAAUCUUCGACUGUAACAUUAUGACAAUCCCAUAAUAGUCCGAAAGGGAUUUAUUUAUGGUUUAUUGCGGAUGUGUAAGAGCUUUAACUCAGAGCAAAUUAACUUUACUCGUACCUUGGGAAAACUACCUGCCGCUUUAACCCCCUUGUGUUCGUUCAGACUUUGGUUGAAGGUCUUUGACUUGGUAACGUGACCCUUUUUAAAGUUCAAACUGAUGAUUUCCAUCAUCCAUAACUGACUUGAAUUUACAAUCUGAGAGGAAAUCCAGAUAAGGUUGCUUUUACAGCAUAAGGCUUUAUUCACAGUUUUAUACCUUGUGGUGGUUAAGUGUUUAGCUUACCCAGCUGAUUUCCAGUCUAUGGAUGAUACGCUCACUGUAUAGCCACAUCCUCAACGGCAUACCUCCUCCGCUCCGUCCCUCUCCUCCUUCUCCUUCUCAGGCUUCACUGCUCUUGAAAUCGAGCCAUGCAGCAUUGAUUUUUUUGUUUCUGUUCACCACAAAACCAAAGCGCACAUGACCAUCUCAUUUUUUCUGUUUUUUCAGUUUGGUUGCCUGAAAUGUAAGACGUGCAGCAGUGCUGAUUUUUCACAUCUAGGCAGAACUCAAGGACGUUCAUAACAGUCCAUCAGCAGCAAGGUCAGAGUUCAGUUUUUCAGAUAUAUACCUGCUGGAGUUUUAUCAGCACAGACUGAUAGGCUGACAGGCUGAAUCAAGACUGGAAUCUUUUGGACGAUUAAAACACAUUCAAUCACAUCAAGUUUACUGUAAACAAGCUGGAAUCUGACCUGUGCAUAAAUGAAUAUUUUUUUGAAUCAGAAUCUGUUUCUGCUGCUGAACUUUGAGAUUAUUUCUUUGCUGUUCUAGUGAAAUUUUAAGAUAAAUGGGACUAAACGACAGCAGCCCGGGAGCCAUGCGGAACGGCCGUGGCCUCUCGGAUCAGUGGGCAGAAUCAGUGGUGGUCCGGCCUCGAACCACUGAGCGCCACAUAACGGUGCACAAGCGACUGGUGCUGGGCUUUGCCCUCUCCAUACUCACCCUCAUUAUCGUAACAGCAGUAGCCGUUGUGCUCAACAUCAAAUUUAAGGACUGUGGUGCACAAGAUCGCGAUGAAACAACUGGAGAGCCGAGUUCCCGAGGCCCCGGUGGGUCUGCAAAGUUGAAUGGAGGCAGAGGGGAAAGGACGGGGGAGAAAGGGGACGAAGAGGUGGUCCAGCCAUGGAGAAACUCACGAUUACCAGGCUCGGUGAGGCCUCGGCACUACGACCUGCGGCUUGCCGUCUACAUGGAUAACUUCACCUUCUCUGGAGAAGUCAGCAUUGAGCUGGAGUGCAUCAAUGCCACCCGUUUUAUUGUGCUGCACGCUGAUCGCUUAGAGGUGGACCGGGUGACAGUUACUGCUGAGGGCGGUGUUGGAGGUCGUCCUUCCAACAGGCCCGGGGGCGGAGUCAUGCGUAUCCACCGACACUUCCCCUUCCCAGCCAAUCAGAUGUACGUGGUGGCGCUGCACCGCGAGAUGAAGCCGAUGAGGGUUUACCGGCUAAACGUGAGCUUUGAUGCUGCCAUCGAGGACGAGCUGCUGGGCUUCUUCAGGAGCUCAUACACAAUGCAGAGAGAGAGACGCUACUUGGCAGUAACUCAGUUCAGUCCUAUCCAUGCCCGGAAGGCCUUCCCCUGCUUUGAUGAACCUGUCUACAAGGCCACAUUCUCCCUCACCCUCCGCCAUGACCCACAGUACACCUCGCUGUCCAACAUGCCGGUGGAGAGCAGCUUGCUGUCGGAUGAGGACGGCUGGUUGACCAAUCACUUUGCCCGGACUCCUCGCAUGUCCACAUACUACUUGGCCUGGGCUGUUUGCAACUUCACCUACAGAGAGACGCAGACGGACAGCGGCGUGACGAUCCGUCUCUAUGCCAGGCCAGAUGCCAUUUUGAGCGGAGCAGGGGACUACGCCCUCCACAUUACUAAGAGGCUACUCGGAUUUUAUCAGGACUACUUCAAAGUGCAGUACUCUCUGCCUAAACUAGACUUGUUGGCUGUGCCCAAACACCCCUACGCCGCCAUGGAGAACUGGGGCCUGAGCGUCUUCGUGGAGCAGAAGAUCCUGUUGGACGCAGACGUGUCAUCCUCAUCCUAUCAGAUGGAACUCACCAUGGUGGUAGUCCACGAGAUUUGUCACCAGUGGUUCGGUGAUCUGGUGACUCCAGUGUGGUGGGAGGAUGUUUGGCUAAAGGAAGGUUUUGCUCAUUUCUUCGAGUACAUCGGCACUGACUUUCUCUUCCCAAAGUGGAAUAUGGAGAAGCAGCGCUUCUUGACUGAUGUCCUUCAUGAGGUGAUGCUGCUGGAUGGCCUGAGUUCCUCCCAUCCAAUCUCCCAGGAAGUGGAACAAGCGACAGACAUUGACCGCGUCUUUGACUGGAUUGCCUACAAAAAAGGGGCAGCACUGAUCCGGAUGCUUGCUAACGUGAUGGGGCAGCCGCUGUUCCAGAAAGGACUCAAUGAUUAUCUGCUGAGUCACAUGUACAGCAACGCUGCCAGAGACGACCUGUGGAGGAAACUGUCUCAGGCCAUGCGCUCAGAGGGCCGAGAUAUUGACAUCGGGGAGAUGAUGGACAGGUGGACUCUACAAAUGGGCUACCCUGUUGUCACCAUCAGCAAGAACCAAUCAGAGCAGCUCCCUACAUAUUACAUCACAGUCAGCCAGGAGCACUUCCUGUAUGGAGAGGAAGUCAGAAAAAACAACAGUUUACAGUGGCAGGUCCCUCUCACAGUUGCCGUGGGAAACACAUCCGCCGUUUGUUCAGAGUCUCUCAUCUGGAUCAACAACAAGACAGAAACCCACAGGAUUGGUCAGAUGGAUGACAGCACAUGGUUGGUAGGCAACAUCAAUCAGACGGGCUACUUCCGCGUGAACUAUGACCUCCAAAACUGGAAACUGCUGAUUCAGCAGCUGCACACCAACCCCCAAAUCAUCUCCGUUGGAAACAGGGCAGGACUUAUCGAUGAUGCUUUUAACCUGGCCAGGGCGGGGUACCUUCCACAGGGUGUUCCUUUGCAGCUGAUUGGCUAUCUGCCAGAGGAGAUGUCCUUCCUUCCAUGGCACGCUGCCAGCCGAGCGCUCUACCAGCUGGACAAACUGCUGGACCGCACAGACGAAUACAGGCUGUUCAGUGACUACGUGCUGAAGCAGGUUGCAUCGCGGUACCAUCAGAUGGGUUGGCCAACGAAUGGCCCCGGCACAGAGGGCAACGUCCUGCAAGCAUCCUACCAGACUGAGGAGUUGCAGAGAGAGCUUAUCAUGUUAGCUUGUAGCUUUGGAAACAAACAGUGUCACCGUCAAGCCGUUGCCUACAUCUCUGACUGGAUCUCCAGCAACAAAAACAGGAUUCCUCCUAACAUCCGAGACAUAGUUUACUGCACCGGAGUCAGCCUGAUGGACGAGGAUGUGUGGGAGUUCAUCUGGAUGAAGUUUCACUCUUCCAACGCAGUUUCAGAGAAGAAGAUCCUGCUGGAGGCUCUGACCUGCUCAGACAACACUUUCCUCCUCAACAGGCUGUUGAACCUGUCUCUGACCUCGGACCUGGUCCCAGAGCAGGAUGUGAUUGAUGUCAUCAUCCACGUGGGUCGAAACCCUCAGGGUCGGAACCUGGCCUGGAGGUACUUCAGAGAGAAGUGGGACAUCCUGAACGCGCGAUAUGGUGAAGCUUUGUUCAUGAAUUCAAAACUCAUCAGUGGAGUCACAGAGUUCCUCAACACUGAGCGAGAACUCAAUGAGUUAAAGGAGUUCAUCCUGUCCAGUGGUGUGGGGGCGGGGCCUGCGUUGCCACGAGCGCUGGAAAUUGUCGAGGGCAAUGUGCGCUGGCACCGCCUACACCGGCGGCAGUUCUACCAGUGGCUACGCAAACCUCCGAGUACCACCUUCGGUUAACACCAUGCCAGCCAGCUAAAGUGAAGUGACUGCAAACUGACUGCUAUGCUAACGCCCUGCUAGCUACCAGAUGCAGUCAGACAGAAAAAAAGAUGGACUGAAAGAUCAAGAACACUGGGUUGACUGGUUUUGAUUUUUUAAAAGAACCUUGAUUUCAAUCUUUUUAGCUCUACUGGAUUGCUUUCUUCCACUUGUGGCUGAUGUGGUUAAAUUGGUUUCUGUGCUAUGUUUAGACUGCUUUAAGGGCAGUCACUGAGACAAGAACCAGCUCUCAGAUUAAAAACAGCAUACAACAAAGUGAAAUGACUAAGAUUUUUAUAAACAACAAAAAAACAAAGUUGUAUUUCAGCUAGAGUUCAUUAGACACAGCCCAUGGAGGACUACUUACUGUGGUAUUAGCAGUCACGGGUGGUUCUUUCUGAGGUUGACAACGCGUUUAGAUAUAAAUGGUUUAGUGAGUUUUCCCUUUAAAACAUCUAAUAUGACACUAAUGUUUGAUACUAGCUUUUCUUUUGAUCAAAAAAUGGGAACACAACCAGUAUCGAAAAGUCAAAAAGUUUAUUCUGUUCAUUUGGACAUAGCAUUUUCAGUGGGAGAAACAUUUUGUCGCUCAACCAAGUGGCUUCUUCAGUCUCAGCUGCUCAAACCAGCGUUCCUCCCUGUCCAGGAUGUGUACAUCCUCAUCACUGAAAGAGUGUUUACUAGCCUGUAGGCAUAGAUAGACUGCGGAGUCUGGGACUGGCAAGUUAGCUCUUCUGUGUUGUGCCAUCCACUUUGCCAGAGGUUUUUUGGUUUCCCUGAUGUAUAAAUCAUGGCAGUCCUCCUGGCUCUUAAUAGCAUACACUAUAUUACUCUGUUUGUGUCGGGGGACUCGAUCCUUGGGGUGGACCAUUUUUUGGUAGCUCAGUGUGUUUUGG